GAACUACUAUAUCUGUUUACAGCUUUGUCUCUUACACAUACAUGUUAAAUGUACAUUUUAAUAUAACGAUAGUCAGACACACUCUGGAUGUGGUUAAACAACAUUAUAACAAUGUGUAUUUGGCAAGGAUUUAUUGUCUUCGCUUCUCUUUCGUUAUGUCACGUGAUUUACGCAGCGGACAUUGAUUACUUGAGAUCAACAAUUACCAAACACUUCUCAGAAAAUCGCCACCAUGUGAUCAACAAUACUAACAAAGUGGCCUCAAAGGAAUUCAUAUACAACGAGUUUAAAAGAUUCGGGCUUGAAACCUCCUAUCAUACCUUCAGUUACACCAAACUAUCUACAGUACCUUUUGCAAAUGUCGUUGGUAUUCUAAAGGGCACAAACUUUGGAAAGGUAAAUGAUAAGAUUAUCGGACUUGGUGCGCACUAUGACACAGUAGCUCAAACGAAAGGGGUUGAUGAUAACGGUGCCGGUGUAGCCGCCAUGUUGGAUGUUGCUAAGCAACUGACAGCCCAAAACAAACAAGGAGUGAAGCGCAAAAACACAAUUAUAUUUGUGUCUUUCGACUUAGAAGAACAAGGUUAUAUAGGAAGCGAAGUUUUUAUCCUGCAUUGGCUGAAUCCAUGGCUUGACAAGAAUUAUGGUAAAGCGGCCCGGUCCGUACAACCGCAUGGAAUAAUUAUUUUGGAUACUGUUAUGGAGUAUAAUACGUCCAGUAAUUCUCAGAAAUUACCUGAUGGAGCAGCAGCUACUUUUCAUCAACUAUUUCCAAAGUCGUUCGAAAGUAUGAAGUCUGACAAUUUCCAAGGUGAUUUUCUAGCUAUGAUAUAUCGCAGAACCGUCGAUGACUCACUGGCAACUUCAAUGACAAAGUCCUGGGCAGCUGAGAAACGCCCUCAGUUUGAAAUAGAAUCGUUUCCUUUACCAUUUGUAGAUGUAAGUUCCCUGAAUCAGACCUUGAUGGAUUCUUUCGGAAAUUUCUUCCGUAGUGACCACAGAAACUUCUGGCUUGACAAUAUACCAGCAAUAUUUUUGACAGAUUCGGGAAAUUUCCGUGGAGAUAUGGUGAACUGUUAUCACCAUCCUUGUGACGAUCUAGCUACAAUGCUCACUGAUGAUAACAUUAACUUCCUUGGCAAGACAUCAGAUGCCAUUGCGAGAUCAAUCAAUGAAUUGUCAGAGCCAACCAAACCCGAUACAAGUGGAUGCAUCCGAGUAUCU